AAGCCCUGCUGCAAACCAUGCUGGGAGGAGAGACGGGAAAGCCCGGUUUGGGGCUGAGCGGGGAAAGCGGAGGCUCCUCCUCCCCCCUCCUCCGCCUCUUUCCUCCCGGGUGCCUUCCGCUGCUGCUGCUCCUCCUCCUCCGGCAGUGGGUCGGCCAUCGCUGGGUCUGAGAAGCCGGGAGCCGUUUGCAGGCACCCACUUGCAAGCUCCCCUGAGCGGCCACUGGCAGUGUGGGGCAUGGCAGCAGUGUGGCAACAGGUGCUGGCUGUAGAUGCACGGUACAACGCAUACCGCACUCCCAACUUCCCGCAAUUCCGCACGCAGUACAUCCGCCGGCGCAGCCAGCUGCUGCGGGACAACGCCAAAGCCGGCUACGAUCCCUCGCUUCGUAAGCAGUACCUCCGGCUGCGCAGCCAGCUCCUGGCCCAGCGCUACGGCCCCCUCUCAGAGCAGAGCAGCUUCCGUGCAUACAGCAACAGCAUUGUCCGAAGCAGUCGCACCACCCUUGACCGCAUGGAGGACUUUGAUGACGACCCAAGAGCACUGGGUGCCCGUGGCCACCGCCGCUCUGUCAGCCGAGGGUCCUACCAGUUGCAAGCUCAAAUGAACCGAGUUGUCUACGAUGAGAGACCCCCAGGCAGUGUUGUACCCACUUCGGUGGCAGAAGCCAGCCGUGCCAUGGCCGGGGAUACUACACUAAGUGAGAACUAUGCUUUUGCCGGCAUGUACCAUAUCUUUGACCAGCAUGUGGAUGAGGCUGUGCCCAAGGUUCAAUUUGCCAAUGAUGAUAAACACCUACUAGCCUGCUGCUCACUGGAUGGCACAAUUUCAGUGUGCCAGUUGGUACCCACUCCCCCAGUGGUGCUGCGGGUGCUGAAGGGACACAGCCGUGGUGUAUCAGAUUUUGCCUGGUCCCUCUCCAAUGACAUCAUUGUUUCCACGUCACUUGAUGCUACAAUGCGCAUUUGGGCUACAGAGGAUGGCAAGUGCAUCCGGGAGAUUCCCGAUCCAGAUGCUUCUGAGCUGCUGUGUUGCACUUUCCAGCCAAUGAACAAUAAUCUCACGGUGGUGGGGAAUGGAAAGCACAACAUCCAUGUGGUGAACAUCUCAACGGGGAAAAAAGUGAAGGGUGGCUCAAGCAAGCUAACUGGCCGAGUCCUCUCACUGUCCUUUGAUUCUCCUGGCCGUAUACUCUGGGCAGGAGAUGAUAAAGGCAGUGUAUUUUCAUUCCUCUUUGACAUGGCAACAGGAAAACUGACCAAGGCCAAACGUCUAGUGGUAAACGAGGGCAGUUCUAUCACUAGUAUCUCAGCCCGCUCCUGGAUCAGUAGAGAAGCACGGGACCCAUCUCUCCUCAUCAAUGCAUGUAUUAACAAACUGCUGCUAUAUAGGGUGGUGGACAACGAAGGGACCCUUCAGCUUAAGAGAAGUUUCCAGAUACAGCAGAGCUCACAUCCUGUCCGCAGCAUCUUUUGCCCUCUCAUGUCCUUCCGCCAGGGAGCUUGUGUUGUGACCGGCAGUGAAGAUAUGUGCGUCUACUUCUUUGAUGUGGAGCGUGCCACUAAGGCCAUCGUUAACAAAUUGCAAGGUCACAGCGCUGCCGUGCUGGAUGUCAGCUUUAACUGUGACGAGAGCCUUUUGGCAUCCAGUGAUGCCAAAGGUAUGGUUAUUGUCUGGAAGAGAGAACAGAAGUAGCUGCGCUGACAAUUGCAGGGAAGUAUUUUAUUAGAUUGCCACAAGAGGCAGUAAGGUGGAAGCCAAGAGCCCAAAAGAGGAGCACAAGGGACUGUUCCUUCUCCACUUACUAUAUUUUUCCUUGUCUCCUGUAGCUAGUAAAGAACUGAGUAUACCUCUACACAACACCAGUACCCAUUGCGUCAGUGGUGGGUUAGGUACAGCAGACAAAGGAGUCAGGUUAAUACCAUGAGAAUUGUUAUAUUGUGGUUUGUAAUGUCUAGAUUGUGGUUUGCAGCCAUCAUGGUUUGCUGACAGUUAAGGGCUUCUCUAACUGCUGACUAACUGGUAGAAUAGGAUUUGGAACUCCAGGGAUUCUUUUCUGAAUAAUCAGCAUAGAAUUUAAUGUCUCAAGUUCCAUUUACGAACAGUCUACGCCCUGCUGAUGCAAAGCAGCUUUGGUGUUCUAACAAUGGCUUCUUCCAUCCUGGAAAUACUGGGGACCAGAAAUAUUUACAUAGCACGAAUCAAAAUGCAAUGCUCAGUGUUAACCUCACAUUCGAUCAGCUUGAAGGAACUAGCCUGUCUGCUGGAUCUCUGAACUCUGGAGCAUUAACUGUGAACAAACAUUCCAGGAACGGAAUAGAAUUCGACUCGCUUGUAUGUAUAUUGGGCUAUUAGCACCCGCAUGUUUCUCCAGCCAACUUCCAGUGGCUGUAUGUCUUCCUAGUUUGGGAUAGUGAACGAACAGAAGAUUUAAUUCCCUAUCAACACUGUUUCAAGUACUAAUAGUGUGUUUACAAAACUCCUUGCUGGAAUAUUUGCAAAAGCUGUAUGCAAAAACGGGUGCUCUGAGAAGCUAAGGUCGCAAGCACAUGGAGUCUGUUUAAAUUGAAAUGAAUAGCUACUUAAUGCAGUUACAUUUUGUCACUUAUCUUCUACAGCAUGUAUGGCACUGUAAACGAGUGGGGAGGGGAGUAGUUGUAUAGAAAUACUUCUGUAUUGUGGCUGUUGUUGUCUGUUUCCCUGGCUUUGUUCUUUUCUGUGAACUAGGAGAAAAUGUUUCUAAAAUCCUUGUUACAGGCAAAGGUGAUAGCCAAAUAGAUCUUUUCCUGCUAAGUACCCAAAAGAUAAUGGUUGAGUUAGAGAUGCUUGAAUGCUCUUCAUUAGUACCUUAAUGUCACUAUAUAAAGAAGCAUGAACUGAGCUGAAAUCUGGCCUCAUCUUCAUAUCAAACUGCACAGCCUAAGGCCAGGGGCAAAGAUAUGUGAUUGUGCAAAUGAGGGAAUUAAUAGAAUUUAUAAUAAUAUAGAUUAAAUAAUUAUUCCAGCGUAAAAUGUCAUUCAGUUUUAGUAUCAGGCAGGGAAUAAAGAUCUAGGUUUAGUUGACAAAGGAGUGCUGGAGAACCUAUGGCCCUCUAUAUGUUGUGGAUUCCAGCUUUCUGCUUCCUAACCAUUGAGUGUGACUGAUGUGAGCUGGAAUUCAGCAUCAGGAUACCCAAAGGUCCCCCCUCCUGUUGUAAAGGGACAUAAUUAAAAACCAUGGGGACUUCUGAAAGGAGUUUCCUAUAAUUACAGGUAUGUUUUAGCAAAAGCUUCACACUGAUGCUGUGCUAACAGAUUACAUAACUCUGCUCUUAAGGACUGCUACCUGAAACUUGCCUUAGCUCGUUUUAACAAAAUAAACAAUGAUGCCUGA